GUCGGUUAAGUAAGACAUUAUUUCCUUUCUACGUUCCUAUCAACAAGGCCUAAAACCACCCAACUACCGAUUAUACCCUCCGAUUCAUCUCCAUCUUCUCCAGAUCCUCGAUUAGGGCUUCUCUCCACCUUGAUCCUCUGCUGCUUGUGAAUCUUGGGAGAUGUUUUUGUUUUCCUGAACUGAUCACGGACCUGCUUUGGAAGACGACCCUCACAACACCAAAGCACCUUGCUUCAUAUUGCUUUCCAACGAUUUCAGAAGUUUGAUUAGGUCCGGUUCUCUUAUUUCAUGGGUUUGAUUUCAGAAGUUAGCAAAUCCCAAUUUAUCUGAUUCUUCCAAGUGAUUUCAAUUUGUAGUGUCUGGUACUGCUACUGUUGAUUUCGAUUUCAUCACACAUCUUUUCUUUAGAUUUUUAGCGAAGCUAACUUACCAGUACUGCAGCAGUAUUAAUAGGGUUUACAAACCACUAAAUCCAAUCUAUGUUCUAAUUUCUUGACCUUUUAAUGCAAUAAAACAUUGAAUGGAUGUUAUGGGAUUCCAUAUGUUCACUACAAGGGUCGGCAGGGUGACUUUUAUAUUCUGGUGAUGCACAUGCUUGGACCAAGUCUUUGGGAUGUUUGGAAUUCUUUAGGCUAAUCGAAUCAUCAAGUAUGGCAGCUUGCAUUGUUGUUGAGGCAAUAUCAAUUCUUUAAAAGCUUCAUGUAAAGCGUUGGAACUACAAUAUUUGCAUGACUAUGUGGGAAUUUGCACUGGUAUUGGGUUGACUACAAACUCGACUCCCAACUUUUCUGGUGUGAUUGGAAACAAUGUUACUGCUACUGGAACUGCUAUGAGUACCACCGAAUAGUUGAUUCUUUUUAAAUUAUAAGUUAUUGUUUUUUGUGUGGUUUAUCUAUGCAUUUACGUAUCCUAUUUUCAUUUCUUUGUAUUAAAACAUUGUACUUUCAUUUUUUUUCUCAUUAAGGCAUCCGAGUUUGAAAAAUCUAUCAAAUUAUACCAUAGCAUAUUCAUUUUUUUUCAUUGUUGUCUAUUAGAGCAUUUCACUAUUAAUGAAGAAGAAGAAAAGGGGCAGCAAAAUAUAGGUAAUGAAAAGCUCCGGCAGAAAAGGUUGUCACUAAAAAACGGUUGCCACUAAAAAAGAGAAAGUCGCCAAGUCAAAAAAUGCAUCUAAAGGAAGACAAUGCUCACAACAUCGUCUCCACACAACCAGAGCACCCGAAUUACAAAAUACUAAAAACCAUCUUUGAAGACGCGAAAGUCAAAGACCUCUCCAUGGAAGAUAACAUCUCCUUCAUGCUUGCAUCAAUCCACAAAAUAUUAUGUUACAUUUACGUUCUACCUACGUCUUUGUCCACUAAAACCAUGUUUAGCUUUUAAUGAAUGUAAUGACAUCCACAUCAAUGCAUAAAUAAAUAAAAUAUUUG